AUGCCAGUAUCGCAGACACGCGAGGAGAUCCCCCAAUCUCCUGAACUGCAUUCCCCUCAGCCAAGACACCCCCGUCGCGAAAGCGUUGCCUCCAAUGACCGGGACUUAAAUUUCUGCAACGAUGAUGAGACCUUGAACCUCGACACGCUGGAGAACGAAGCUGAAGCGACCGCCAGUCCUGUUAUGAGACGUACCAAGCCGAGAGACCUGUUCUUUAAUAGUUCGCGUGAAGGCCAACCUCAAAGCUCGCAAAAUCAGGACAUGCUAUUACAAUCAACUGCAGAUAUUUGGGACUCCCUCACCCAAACCCAAACCCAAACUCAACGCCCAGCACAACAAGUCCAGCCCCGCUCAUUCAUCGACCGUCAGGCCAAUGCCACUAGGAUCUCGUGGACUGACAGCGUCGAUGGCAACCCCCAGAGCGCGCAAAGACGCCGCGAGGAAGCUACUGCUGCCACCAACGUUACACGCAAGCGUCGUCGUAUCGAUUCUGAUGACGACUCCGACUCUGAGGAUGACCCUUUCGUCCGUGAUGACCGCACCAUCGACCCUGCAAGCCGGCGAGCGCAGAAGCCCGAGCAAGCACAAUCUGUGCGGAGAUAUUCCAGCAAUCAGUCUGCGGAUGCUCAACUUCAACAAGGAUUGAAUGCGGCCGAUCAAACCCAGCCACCCGCUUCCACGCCGACCAGCUCACAUAUUGACGCGACACAGGCCAUGAUGAAUGAGGCCCGUCACCGCGAACAAACCGCGCAGAAUUCCAGGACUCUGAAACCAGCCAUGAAGCGGCCUCGCAAGAGGUGGACUCCCGCGGAGGAGGAAAAGCUCAUGUGGUAUAUCGAGACUAUGGGUACUUCCUGGCGUAUUCCUUGGCGGAGAUCAAGGCCAAGGACAGCUGUGCUCCGAACCCUCUUUGGUUGGAUCUGA